AUCCAACGGUCGGUCGGAAGGAUAAGCAAGCGAGUGAUCCAGGGCCAGCCACUGGAGCAAGCAGGCAAGUAGCUUCUCUUCAAUCAGCAACACCUAGUCGGCGCCAUGGCAGCGCCGCAGAUGAUGCAGCCUCGCCCCCGCCCUGGCGGGAUCAGCACAUCCCGCGGCAGCAGCCUCAGCAGCAUCACCGCCCCCAAUAAGUCGGGGCUGCUCCGGUGGCCGCCUCGUGCGGCCCCCGUGCGCGUGACGGUGUCGGACGCGGAGCUGGCGUCCCGCGGCUUCGCGGUGCGGCGCACGGCGGAGGGCAUCGACGUCGCGGCGCUGAACGAGGUGUUCGCGCGCGUGGGGUUCCUGCGGCGGCAGGAGGAGCGGCUCCGCCGCGCGCUGGCGCACAGCCGCGUGGUGUGGCUGUCGGAGGCGGCGUCGGCGUCGUGGGGCCGGCCCGUGGCGUUCGCGCGCGCGGCCGGCGACGGCGUGUUCAACGCGGUGGUGUGGGACGUGGUGGUGGAGCCGUCGUGCCAGGGGCUGGGGCUGGGCCGCGCCGUCAUGGAGCGCCUCGUGGAGGAGCUGCGCCGCGACGGCGUGGCCAACAUCGUGCUCUACGCCGAGCCGCGGGUCGUGGGCUUCUACCGCCUCCUCGACUUCGCCAUGGACCCCGACGGCAUCAGGGGGAUGGCAUACUACAGGAAGGCGGCAUUGGCAUCCUCAUCCUCCUCUUCCUCGGCGGCACCGGCCACUCCUUCAUCGCCGCUGUGAAUCACUUCAAGUCUGUCUGCUUGCAGCUUGCAGCUUGCUCAUCAUUAAUCAUGCAUGCAUGUAAUCUACCAAUAGUAGUAGUAAUUUGCUAAUUUCUUGGAUUCACUUCAUGUUGAAAUGACACAACAACUCAUACAUUGAUUAUACUGUACUGUACUCAAGAUUGUGAUAAUACAAGCAGCAGAAUAGUAACAUGUAACCAA